AUGGCUCAACACUGGACGAAUGAGUUGCCUCCUGUGGCAGCUUGUGACCUAGUUCCGAAGCUGCCGCCGCUUCUGAAGCUGCGCCAAGUUGCGGACGCGGCUGUGAAGACGCCAGCCGGUGGGGCAACUAUUUUCAACGCGAGGGCACUUUAUGAUGCUGUGCGUGAACUUGCAGGGAGUCUCGACAUCCCGCAGCACAAAAAGGCAGCCGCGACGCUACUUAUUGCCAGCACGGCUAUGGAGGAUUAUGUGCGUAGUCACAGCACGAAGGCGCGGCUACUAUCUUUACAGCAGGCACACAUCGCUCGGGUUGCUGCCGACCAAGCAGACGUGACAGGCGUCACAGCAGAGCAGGAGAAGCUGCUCCAAUUCCUGACAACCUCAAGCCCGGCUGAGGUCGCGGACAAGCUUCUGGCCCUGUUAAAGGAGCCGGAGGAGAAACGGAAGGAACUGGAGUAUAUAGUAAUGAAGCGCGGCCCGCGGGAGAUAGCCACCAUUUUGGCAGCGACGAUGAAAGCUAUCACCGACGGCGAUACGGAGCGGAGCGACGGCACGGGUUCAAGAACUCCAGGGGGGAUCUUCUUUCGGGAGGCAAAGCGCCACAAGGCUGUAGCUGACAAGGUGAUGCUACAGCCGCUACUGCUGCCCGCACCGCCCAUGCGCUCGUACCAACGGCACGUGGUCGGUAUGGCCCUCGUCAGCUGGGGGCUAGAACUCACGAGGGAGGUCCUGAGGCCCCGGGAGGGUGAGAUGGAGGAGGCGGCGGGUGGGGGGGUUGGGGGGGUGGGGGAGAGUGCUACGGAUCUGAGGGCCAAGUGGCAGAGUAUGGCCGACGGCUGGAAGGCGAACUGGCUGGUUUCGGCGCCUACCAACUCCGGCAAGACGCGGAUGUUUAUCGAGGUGGCGAGGGCCGUCAUUGCGUCCAAGCAGCUCCUGGGCCGCGGUGCAAUCGUCGUGGUGCUCGUCCCGUCGGUCAUCCUGACCAGGCAGCACGCGCAUGCCUUCGACGAGGCGCGACUGCCGUGCACUCUGACCAGCGCCUAUUCCUCCGACAGCCCCCUGGGGCCCAAGGCCUGGAGGUCCAUGUUCUUGGCGGCCUUCUCGGGCGGGAAUUCCUCGGUGGUGGUGGCGACCGCGGAGUCGUUCGCAAAUUUGCUGCGGACCGGAAAGGCGCUGCUACAGGAGGUGGACCUGCUGGUAAGGAUACAUUUUUUAAUUUUUUUAAAGAAUAUUGAUGUUUCAUUGAGCAUGAAAUAA